UUCGAUCUUACCCAUUUCUCCAAUAACGUCUCAUUGAUUAAUCAAAGAGAAGAAUAACAAGAAAGAAAGAAACCCAUGAAUCCCUUGUCUUCAAUUUGCAUAAUUAUUUCUUUUCUCUUGCUCUUCCAAUGUUUGGAAGGCAGGAGUAGUAGUAGAAGUAGUCUAAUCCUUCGUUCUUGCGAAGAAGCAGCAAAGAGCGACCCAAAUUUGAGCUACAAGCUUUGCUUGGCAAGCCUUGAAGCCAAUCCAAAGAGCCAAAACGCAAGCUUUGAAAAACUAGUGGCUAUCUCAAUUGGGUUAAGCAUAUCCAAUGCAACCAAAAUUGCUUCCAAGAUUUCAGAGCUUUUGAAGGGCCAAAGCUACGACAUGCAGAAAUAUGCCAGGAGUUGCCUGAAAGACUGCUUUCAACUUUACAUGGACGCUGUCUCAAGUUUGAAAGAUGCUAUGCGUGCUUUGAAGUCAAGAGAUUUCGCCACGGCCAAUAUGGAGGUGAGCUCUGCCAUGGAUGCAUCAAGCACUUGUCAAGACGGGUUCAAGGAGAAGAAAGGUCAAGCGUCUCCUUUGACAAAGGAUAACCAGAUCUUCUUCCAAUUGACUGCAUUUUCUCUUGCUUUCAUCAAUAUGUGUCAUGGUGGAUAAGCCUAUAGUUUUUUUUUUCUUUUUAGUAUAAUCAUGUGGAACACAAUCCAUAAAUAUCCUCUAUUUUGCUCACCUCAAUGUGCCUGUGAUCAUGACUCAAGAUGAUGGCUAGUUAUA